GAUAAGUCAGCUGCCUGUCAGAGAGGAGCUGAGACUGCGGAGGACAGGAAGGAGGGGGGCUCUUCUACUACUGGUGCCGCUGGACACUGUGUACGCCUAGACCUCUACAUACACUUUUUGUGUAUUAUCCUAUUGUGGUCCUGAAUGCUGCCAUGCCGCUGUUAGCAACCAGCCUCUGGCUUCCUUAACUACCCACCCGGCAGCGACAUGCCUUCCCCAGCAACCGCCUGCUGGUGUCCUUAGUUACGGACCCAGCAUGCAUCUCAUCCAGCUGCCCGGCAUCACGUUCAGUGCGCCGGUUACGUCACAGUAACGGCGCCACCCACGGAGAGGCGGGAGAGACACACUGUUGGACUCACAGUCCUCUUAUAUAUAAGAGAGUGGAAAACAUGGCCCUUCUGUGCGCAUGCUACAAAGUCUUCCUGACUGUGCUAUCGAUUAUUGUGGGAUAUUCCAGCUGCCUGCCGCUGAGCGAAGAUAUGUGUACCGCAGAAGAGAUUGCUAAGUAUAGUAUAGUCUUCACUGGUAAAUGGAGCCAGUCUUCCUUCCCUAAGCAGUAUCCUUUGUACAGGCCCCCGGCACAGUGGUCAUCGCUGUUAGGCGUGAGUCAUAGCUCUGACUACCACAUGUGGAAAAGGAAUAAGCAUGCCAGCAAUGGCGUGCGGGACUUUGCAGAGAAAGGAGAGGCCUGGGCAUUGAUGAAGGAGAUAGAGGCGGCCGGGGAAAGAAUCCAGAGUGUGCAUGGAAUAUUCUCGUCCCCGUCCAUCUCCAGCGGGACAGGACAGACCUCUACGGAGCUAGAGGCACAUUCCAGGCACCCUUUUGUGUCAUUCAUGGUGAGGAUUGUGCCGAGUCCUGACUGGUUUGUGGGAGUCGAUACUCUCAAUCUCUGCGAUGGGAAAGAGUGGAAAAAAUCGGUGUCGCUAGAUCUCCAUCCUUACGAUGCUGGAACAGACAGUGGAUUCACGUUCUCUUCUCCAAACUAUGCCACCAUCCCGCAGGACACAGUUACAGCAAUUACAUCUUCCCUGCCAAACCAUCCGGCAAACUCAUUCUUUUAUCCCCGGCUAAAGAGCCUGCCGCCAAUUGCAAAAGUGACAUUUAAGAAACUGAAAGGCAAGAUAACAUCAUUUCUUGAUAUAGCAUCAAACGUGACUACUACAGGGAAUGAGAUAGAGGACAAUGUCUCAGAAACGCCCCUGGACUGUGAGGUCUCCACGUGGUCGCCAUGGGGUCUCUGUAAAGGCAGCUGUGGAUCCACGGGACUGAAAAACAGGACUAGAUACAUUCGCCUGAAACCGGCCAACAACGGGACAGCUUGCCCGUCGCUGAGCGAAGAGAAGCAAUGUGAACCAGAAAACUGUGUAUAGGAAAUAUUGAAUGGAUGAUAAGUUAUUUUAGGAGCAGAAUCAAUGCGUUCGUUGUAAAUAAACCAAAGACUAUAUAAAUUCAUUAAUUGAUGGUCAUGUAUAGUAUUUCACCAGGCUAGAAUAUAUAUAUAUAUAUAUAUAUAUAUAUAAAAACAAACACAUGUCGGCAGCAGGUCGGCAGUGUCCACUGAGAACAUUAGGAAAACUAUGUGGAAAUCUGAAGAGGAGAACUUUAAUAUUACUUAUGAUUCCUUAUUUGGCACCAAAAUAUUCCACCAUUUCUUUCUUAGCUGAGGCCACCUAAAACAGACCUGAAAGCUGAAACCAGCACACUGCCCACCACAGGUACCCAGAUAUAGGUAAUGAAAUGCCAGACUGAUAUAACAGUAUCAUCAUGUGCUGCCACUGCAGCUAGUUGUCGUUUGGUCUACUGAGGAGUUUGCUAAUUCCUGUAGCACCCUCUUGUGGUCGGAUACGGAAUCUUUAAACAUCUGUCUUGCUUUGUCAUCAAAUGGAAAUAUCCCUAUUUAAUUAUCUGCUGUAUAUAUUAGCUCAAAUAUUGAAAACGUUUUGUCAACAUGUUGGAAUUAAAGACAGAUUUGUUAUGUUUCCGAAA